CAUUAUCUUCUUCCUGUAGAUUCUGUGGACUGCAAGGAACCAGGAGGGUGCCGGCACCACUCUCGGUGAAGAAGUUGAGCAAGUGAAUAGUUUUCUCUCCAGAUGUGCCCUUACCACCAAGUAUAUGGCCAAGUCAGUAAGAACUGACAUGCUGACUGUCCAUGCUAUGGGGUGGAAUGAACGGAAAGAGAAUGGCCUCCAUAUAGCCUUGUCUUCCAGAUUCAAGAAGACAGUAGAGAAGACUGUGGAUGUAGCUGAGAGCCUGAAGACAAUGCAGGAGCAGUUGCAUUGCUGUGAUGACAUGCUGAAACAAUGGGUUGUUGAUGUCAAGCAGUGGGCCAGUAGCAGAAGUGCAGCACCUGGUCCUGUUGAUGCUCAAAGUUUGCAGAUCACAAUCAGAGCACUCUUUGUGAGCAUUUGUCAGAAAAAGCACUACCUUUACAGACAGAAUGAUCGCAACAAAAGAUUGCGACAGAAAAUAACUCAAAAGAUAGCCCAGGAAAAGAAACGGUUGCUGGAAGACAUCCAGAGAUACAACCAACAGCCUGAUGGUGACCUUGUGGACACAGACUUAGUUGUGCAGAAACUCUCUAACAAAGCUGCAGAGAGCAUGAUCUGGCCUUGGCAGGAACAGAACACAGACGGUGUGGACAUCCUCACAAAGAAGAAGCUCUUUGACCACGUAAUGCUUGCCUCACGACUAAAAGAGGAAAAGCAGAUCCUUGUGAAGGAGAUGCUGCAGCACUGCCAGUACCUCAAGGACUCAGUGGCAAAGGUCCAGACGCUGAUGGGCACUGUUUUAGUGAGCACACAGACAGGAAGCUUGCCAAAUGGAUUAACCGAGGAGGGGUCCAAGGGCCUCAUCAGUGCACUAAAGAGAAGACUGCAAGACCUGAGACUCCAACAGCAGACCAUAGCAGGCACCUACAGAUGCACUCUCAAACCAAGUAACAGACUGGUGGAAGAGGAGGACAGGGAAAUGGAGGAAGACAUGGACUGGCAACGUGGCAACAGCUCGGAUGAUGAUGAUAGUGAUGAGGAGGAGGAUGCAGAGAAUUGAACUCAAGUCACUUGGAUUUGAAUCACUCAGUCAAUCACUCAAAGGCGGAG